AUGUAAAAAAACGUUGCUAAAAUAGUGUCUUAAAAUUUCAAAAAUAUUAUUAUGGGUAGUUUUGUUAACUCAAAAAUUUAAAAGAUAAAAACAGAAGAGUUUUUUUAUUCAGAGUAUGACAAGACAUUUUUGAUGUCAGAUUAUAUUUAAAACUGUAUUAAAUAGGAAUAACUCAUUAUUCCAGUUGAUUUUUCAAAAGAAAGUAGAUUUGAUGAUUUUGCUGAAGAUCACUUUGAUUUUGGAAGCAUAAAAAAUGAAUAAUGA